CAACACAAUACAAGAGGGAAUCAUUUUUCUCUUUUCUCAUUUAUCAGGCAUCACUCUCACACACACUGACACACACACACACACUCUCCCCCAAAACGCCUGCAAAACCCUCACUCUCUCUCUCCUCAAUUUCACCAUCGAUCGCUAAAGGUUUUGAUCGAUGGAAGAAAAUUCACCACCCCCUACUUUAGAGGGGAAGAUAACUGGAAUUAGUUUUUCUUUGGCCACUCGUCAAGAAAUUUGCUUGGCCUCCAUUAGUGACUGCCCCAUUAGCCAUGCGAGUCAACUAUCAAAUCCGUUUCUUGGACUGCCACUUGAAGUUGGUAAAUGCGAAUCAUGUGGUGCAGCUGAAACAGGGAAAUGUGAAGGGCAUUUUGGGUACAUUGAGUUGCCCAUUCCAAUAUAUCACCCGUCGCAUAUCAGUGAGUUGAAGCGCAUAUUGAGUUUAAUAUGCCUCAAGUGCUUGAAGUUCAAGAAUAAAAGGUUGCAGUCCAAGAAUGCUGGUGUGCUCGAAAGAGCUUUUGCCUUUUGCUGUGAGGAAUCUGCACAAGUUACUGUCCAUGAAAACCAGAAAAAAGAUGGUGCAUGUUUCUUGGAGCUGAAACUUCCUUCGAGAACAAGAGUUAGUGACCGUUUCUGGGAUUUUCUAGAUCGAUAUGGAUACCGUUAUGGCGGUGACGGAACUACUCGGCCAUUACUUCCGUCUGAGGUGCUGAAAAUUCUAAAGAAAAUACCUGAGGCAACUAAAAAGAAGCUAGCUGGGAGAGGGUGUUUUUUCCAAGAAGGGUAUAUCAUGCAACAUCUUCCUGUCCCUCCAAAUUGUUUGUCUACUCCCGAUGUCUCUGAUGGAAUCACCGUUACAUCAUCGGACAUUUCAAUGCCAAUGCUUAAGAAAGUUUUGAGGCAAGUGGAGAUUAUAAAGAGCUCGAGAUCGGGAACGCCGAAUUUUGAGUCUCUAGAAGUUGAGGUUAAUGAUUUGCAAUUAGCCGUCGCCCAGUAUCUGCAAUCCAGGGGUGCUAAGGCCUCCCCUGACAGAAAUACACGCUACGCGAUUGCACGUACAGCAACCGAUUCGUCUUCUACAAAGGCAUGGCUUGAGAAGAUGAAAACUCUAUUCAUCAGUAAAGGGUCCGGGUUUUCUUCCCGCAGUGUCAUAACGGGUGACCCGUAUAAAGGUGUGGGCGAGAUCGGCAUUCCAUUUGAGAUAGCUCAAAGGAUAACUUUUGAAGAACGGGUCACAGAGCACAACAUGAAGUUUCUUCAAAAGUUAGUUGAUGACAAGCUCUGCUUAACCUACAUAGACGGCCACACCACGUAUUCACUUCGAGAAGGGUCGAAAGGUCAUACGUUUUUGAAACCGGGCCAGGUCGUACACCGUAAAAUCAUGGACGGUGAUCUCAUAUUUAUCAACAGGCCCCCAACGACCCACAAGCAUUCUUUACAAGCACUGUCGGUCUAUAUUCAUGACGAUCACACGUUCAAAAUCAACCCCCUUAUCUGCGGGCCCCUGAGUGCCGAUUUCGAUGGUGACUGUAUUCACAUAUUCUACCCACAGUCUCCCGAAGCUAAAGCGGAAGUCAUGGAGUUAUUUGCUGUUGAAAAACAGCUUCUUAGCUCCCACAGUGGGAACGUGAACCUCCAGCUUGGCACCGAUUCCGUCUUGUCUCUCAAAACAAUGUUCAAGAAAUAUUUUUUUACAAAAGCUCAAGUUCAACAGCUGGCACUUUACACAUCAAAUCCACUGCCUAAACCUUCGAUGUUAAAGGCUUGUGAUAGUGGCCCGCUGUGGACGGUUUUGGAGCUACUGGAGACUUCUCUACCUCGUGGGUUUGAUUGCUUGAGUGAUAAAUUCGUGAUCAAGGAUAGCAAGAUACUAAAGCUGGAUUACAGUCGGGACGCGAUGCAGUCAAUCGUCAAUGAGAUAAUCAGCUCGAUCUUCUUUAGCAAAGGCCCGAAUGAAGUUUUGAAGCUUUUCAACUCCUUACAGCCAAUGCUGAUGGAGAAUUUAUGCGAUGAAGGCUUUAAUUUGAGUUUGGAGGACUUUAUCAUUCCGAAGGAUCUUGUAAGAGAAAUAGAAGACCAGCUGCAAGAAUUAUCGUCUUUGUUAUAUCACUUGCGGUCUAACUACAAUGAGGUGAUAGAUAUGCAGUUGGAGAAACAUCUUCGGGCCUGUAAAACUCCUGUUUCAGAAUUUAUUUUAAGAUUUUCAUCCAUGGGUGAUUUAAUAGAUCCGAAGAGUGACUCAGCUCUUACAAGAAUCGUUCAACAAAUCGGGUUUUUGGGCUUACAGAUCUACGAAAGGGGGCGAUUAUAUUCAAGAACUUUGGCUGAAGAUUUGUCUUCUCAUUUCGUUGGAAAUUAUCCAUUUCCCAAAAAAUACCCGUAUGAGGAAUUUGGGCUUAUUAGAAGCGGUCUGUUUCAUGGGCUGGAUCCUUACCAAGAAAUGGUUCAUUCAAUUGCUAGUAGAGAAGUCAUGAUCCGGUCUUCUAGAGGGUUGACUGAACCUGGUAUUCUUUUUAAAAACUCAAUGGCUAUCCUCAGAGAUGUCGUCAUCUGCUAUGAUGGAACCGUUAGAAAUGUUUGUAGCAACUCAAUUAUUCAAUUUGAGUAUGGGGCACUGACGAAAAACUUGUUUGCUGCUGGUGAACCCGUGGGAGUAUUGGCUGCAACCGCCAUGUCAAACCCUGCAUACAAGGCGGUUCUUGAUUCGUCUCCAAGCAGUAACAAUUCAUGGAAUAUGAUGAAGGAGAUUCUGCAAUGUGGAGUGAAUUUCAAGAAUGUUCUUAAUGAUCGUCGAGUUGUACUGUAUCUGAAUGAUUGUGAUUGUGGGGAGGAAUAUUGCCGUGAGAAGGCAGCAUAUAAGGUUAAAAAUCAUCUGCGAAGAGUCAGCCUCAAGGACGUAGCUGUGGAAUUUCUGAUAGAAUAUCAGCAAGUAACAUUAGAUAGUACUGAAACUGAUGCUGGGCUUGUUGGCCACGUUCAUUUGAACAAGAAACUGCUGGAGGAAUCAAAUAUUAGCAUGGAAGAGGUUCUUACAAAAUGUGAAGACACCUUGAACUCCUUCCGGAAGAAGAAAAAAGUCGGCCAGUUAUUCAAGAAAAUAGCUAUAUCCUGCAGUGAAUGCUCAUUUCAGCAGGCAUCAAAGUGGACCCCAUGCUUGAAGUUCUUUUGGGAAGACAGACCCGAUAUCCAUUUAGAGAAGACUGCACACAUUUUUGCCAACGCGGUUUGCCCCGUGCUUCUAAAUUCAAUUAUAAAAGGUGAUCCCCGGGUCAAAGAAGCCAAUAUAACCUGGAUAAGUCCUGAAACAACGGUGUGGAUAAAAAAUCCAAAAAAGGAUCAGAAAGGUGACCUGGCUAUUGAUGUUGUUCUCGAGAAAGAAGCUGUGAAGAAAAAUGGUGAUGCAUGGAGGACCGUUAUGGAUGCAUGCCUUCCAGUACUCCAUUUGAUUGACACAACACGCUCUAUUCCUUAUGCAAUUAAACAAGUAGAACAUCUUCUUGGCAUAGCUUGUGCUUUUGAGCAAGCAGUUCAGCGUCUCUCGACAUCAGUGUCGAUGGUUACCAAAGGGAUGCUGAAAGAGCACCUGCUUCUGUUGGCAAGUAGCAUGACGUGUGCAGGAUUUUUAGUUGGCUUCAAUGUAGCAGGAAUAAAGGCACUCAAUAAGACGCUUAACUUCCAAGUACCAUUUUCAGAAGCUACAGUAUAUACACCAAAAAGGUGUUUUGAAAAGGCAGCUGAGAAGUGCCAUGCUGAUUCAUUGUCUAGCAUUGUGGGUGCUUGUUCUUGGGGGAAACCUGUAGCUGUCGGCACAGGAUCUCGGUUUGAUAUUCUCUGGGACACAAGAGAGGUUGAACUGAACCAGAAAGAUGGUAUUGAUGUGUACAACUUCCUUCACAUGGUCGGGGGUGGUUCUGAGGAAGCUGAUAGCGGCUGUUUAGGUGGUGAAGUGGACAGCUUUGACAUGGAAAUCAUGGAAACCGGUUCCCCUGAGAUAGAUUCUGGGUUAGCCAAACCGGUUUUUGAAGAUGGUUUAAAUCUUGAUGUUGGAGUCGAACCAUCAGGUUGGGGAACAGGUCCUGUUCCAGAAGAUGGGACAUCUAGUGGUGGCUGGGGAGCUGCUAUUAAGACUACACCAACAACUGGUGGUGGUUGGGGAGAUGCUAUGAAGAAUACACCGACAACUGGUGGUGGUUGGGGAGAAGCAAAAUCUGACCAAGGUCAGCAGAUUGGAUCUUCGGGCUGGGGAGCAACAAAAUCUCAGAACGACGUUGAACCAUCUGGAUCAUGGGGUUCUUUGGGGAAAAAGGAUGAUAAUCAAUCUGGAUGGGGUGCAAAGAGUGACAAUCAAACUGAAAAAGAUUCAGGUGGUUGGGGUCAUAAGGUGUCGAAAGGGGAUGAACAUGCAUGGGGUGCAAAGAAAAGUCAAAACGAAGGGGAUGGACCCGGAUGGGGAGGAAAUAGUAGUCGGAACAACACCGAGAAGGGCUCGGGAUCAAGUUGGGGGCAAAAAGUGGUCGCUGCAGAUGAACCGGGAUGGGGCGGGAAGAAAAAUGAAACCGACACUAACAAGAACUCCGGAUCAGGUUCGUGGGGUCAGAAGGUCUUUACUGAGACGGGCUUGGGAUCAGGUUGGGGUCAAAAAUCGGUCGCUGAAGAUGAAUCUGGAUGGGGUGGGAAGAAAAGUGAUUUCAACACUAAUAAGAACUCCGGAGCUGGUUCAUGGGGUCAAAAGGUUAUCACAGAGGACUCGGGAUCGGGUUGGGGACAAAAGGCGGUCACUGCAGAUGAACCUGGCUGGGGCAAGAAGAAAAGUCAAACCGACACCAAUAAGAGCUCUGGAGCAGGUACGUGGGGUCAAAAGGCCAUCACUGAAAAGGACUCGGGAUCAGGUUGGGGCCAAAAAGAGGUUACUGCGGAUGAACCUGGAUGGGGCGGGAAGAAAAGUGAAACCGAUAAGAGCUCCGGAUCGGGUAUGUGGGGUCAAAAGGUCGUCAUCGAGGACUCGGGAUCAGGUUGGGGUAAAAAAGUGGUCCCUGCGGAUGAACCUGGAUGGGGCGGGAAGAAAAGUGAAACCGACACUAAUAAGAGCUCUGGAGCAGGUACAUGGGGUCAAAAGGUCGUCAAAUCAGAUGGACCUGGAUGGAAUAGCAAGUCAAGUGAACCUGUGGAUCAAACUGGACCAAAUGAUGGUCAAUGGGGCAAGAAAGAUUCAUGGAAUGCAGCGGGUGGGUCAUCGUCUUCAUGGGGUAUACAGAAAACCAAUACACCUAGUUGGAAUAAGGGUGUAGAAGCAGCCAGUGAGUCAGAAAACAAAACAGAGGGGUCUGACUGGAGCAAAAAGCUGGAAGAAAAGACUGAUUCACAAGGUGGUUGGGGUCAGAAAAAGGACCAAGUUUCUGGGACUGAUACACAAGGUGGUUGGGGUCAGAAAAAGGACCAAGUUUCCGGGACUGAUGGGUCAACUGAAAAGGGACACGAAGAUGGUGAACAAAAACCAGGUUCAUGGGGCUGGAACCGGAAGGUUGAACAAAAAGGUGACCAGGGUGGUGGAUGGAAGAAGAAGGAAGGUUGGGGUCCGAAAAGAGACCGCCCGGCUAGACCGGUUGGAGGACCAAAUGAUGGUCCAAGAUCAGGUGGUGUACCAUUCACUGCAACAAGACAACGCCUGGACUUGUUCAACCCGGAUGAACAAGAGAUUUUGUCUGACAUUGAGCCCAUUAUGCAAUCAAUUAGACGAAUCCUUAACCUUAACCAAACUGGGUACAAUGAUGGGGAUCCUAUACCUGCUGAUGACCAAACUUACAUUCUUGAUAAUGUCUUCGCUCACCAUCCCGAGAAGGCUCAAAAGGCUGGCACUGGAAUUAAAUUUAUCAUGAUCUCGAAACACACAGAAUUCCAAGAUAGCCGUUGCUUUUUUGUGGUUUCAACGGAUGGACGUAAAGAAGAUUUCUCAUACCGAAAAUGCCUUGAGAAUUUUGUAAGGGGAAAAUAUCCGGAUAAAGUGGACGAGUUCAUCUCUAAGUAUUUUUUCAAAAAGCCUCAGCCUCGUCCUCCUAUGAAUAGAGAUGAAGCUGGGACCCCCCGGACCCCACGGUCUCGUACAGGAUGGAAUCGGGACUCCAAUGUGGCGGCUGAUGAUGCUGGAACCGCUAGUACUCAGUCUGGUUGGAAGCAGUCUGGUUGGAAGCGUGAUGCGAAUCAGGCGGCUGAUGACGGUGGGGCGCCAGCAACGGGAUGGAAAAAGGAGACCAGCACAGCAACAGAGGAAGGUGGGGCGUCUGCAACUGGGUGGAACCAAGGGUGGAAAAAGGAAGCUAGCACAGCACCCGAGGAGGGCGGGGCAGCUGCAACCGGGUGGAACCAGGCGGGAGAUGGUGGUAGUACAAAAAAGUCGGGGUGGGGUUCUUGAAUUUGAUUUGAAACAGGAGGUUGAAUAUUAUUUUGCAAUCUGUUAUGAAUAGCAGUAGAUAGAACUGGAUUAUUAGUGUAGUGCAUGUGGUUGUGUUCUUUCUUGAUCAACUCUUUUUUAUCGUAAAAAGACAAGCACACCAAUGAUUGGUUAAUGAUCAAGGGAACGUUUGUGAUGUAUAAAAGCUGUUAUGCUAAUUCCACCCUUCUCAGAA